GGCUUAUUAGUUGUAAACAAGUAUCAUGGAUAUAUAUAUAUGGCGAGACUCUUAGAGUAACUCUUAGACCAAAAAGAUCAAGCGUUCGAGAUCGCAGCUCAGUCGUCGAAGUUUUUCUGAAAGUGAAAUUUAAUUAUUAAAAUAUAUUGCAAGAUGCGUACUGUACAGAUUAUAUAUCCAGUAGAAGGUUUUGUAUACGUAGACGAGACACCAAUUACAGGUGUCACAUUUGCCAAUAGUAUUACGGUACCACUACUUCCACAACAAAAUCAAAUGUAUAUACCAUUGAGUAAUUUAAUUUCGGUGCGCGGUUCCGUAGGACCACAGCCGUGGUUUCCCUACGCUGAUAUACACAUCCCCGGCUUUAUCAAUAUCGAAAAGAAAAUCUGGACGCAAUACUUUAGGAAGAUCAAUCAGGACCAUAAUGAUGAUCUAAUAAACCAUUCUUAUGGAGAAUUUGGCAUGGCCGACGUAUUUGAUUUGCGCAAAUUGUUUAAUAUGGAGCCGCUGGUUGACGAGGAUUUGGAAGAUUAGAGUCGCGAUGAAAUUGCACCGAUUAAUGAGUCUGGAGCCUCUAAUCAGCGAUUUAGAAAUUUAAGAAUAGUUUUUUUAAACAACAUACAUUUAUAUUUUUAUAUUUAUACUUUUGCAUUAACUAUUUUUUUUAUUUUAUAUGUAAUAAUUAAUUAAGAAUAUAUGUUAUUUAAAAAAUAAAAAAUAAAAAUAAAAAUUUAGUCAGUCUCUCUUACAUUUGUCUACUCAUCACCAUACUAUCCUUUCACUUUUUAUCUCGUAUUAUUAUUAUUAUUAUUAUUAUUAUUAUUAUUAUUAUUAUUAUUAUUAUUAUAUAUAUAUAUCAUAGUUGACAUGUUUGCUGAAAAACUUAAGAAUACGUUUAAUAUUCACUCUCCAAAAAUUUCUUUAUUACGAUUGAGCAUAUGUCGAAGCUCAAGCGGUCCACAGACUUCAAAGAUCACGUGACUAUUUACAAAUAGUAUGGGUAUAUAUGACGAUACCCUUAAAGCAUCCCUUUAGAGCUACGGAUCAUAGGUUCGAGUUAUAGUCGGUUUGUCAAAACGUGAAACCUACACAAAUUUUCAACGCGGGUUAAACGAAUCUGCGUUUUUUUACAUAUAAUGGAAAAUUUCGAACAAGUAGAACGCGAACUCUUAGAACAAGUAAAUGGAGUUGCUACAUUGAGCGAAUUUUUUACAUGGCUACAACAAUGUGAGGAAUGCAUCGAACAGCUCGGGGAACGCAAUCGUGCCAAGCGUCUUCGACUAGCUGUUGGACAGAGACAAUCUUUGGUAGCGAGAAUCGCGCGACUCGAGGGUGAAAAAACGCGACUGCAAAGACGUUUUAUACACGUAGGUGGUAAUUACGCGAGCACUAGUGACAAUAGCGAUAACGCGAGACUUGAGUGGCGUGAAAUAGAUACUGCGUUCAAGAGCCGUAUCUUAACCGGUGUAAUAAUUAAUGUGCAUCACAUCGAACCACGUCAAUUUUUAGAAGAAGCUAAAAACAUUGUGCUCGAGCGAGUGCAGGAGGCAAUAAACGUACACGAUAGUGUAAAAGUAAAUACUGCAUUCAAUGGCGAAUUCGUAGCGGGGGAUAAACGUGCCAAUAAGAGUGUGAAUACAAAAAAUUAUGCAUUCUUCCAAGUAUCAGAUUUAAACGAAUGGUACCAGCGAUAUGUUAUCGAGGCCACGUUAGCAAAACUCGAAGAAUUCCAAGAGCGUGACAGCGGGUGGGCGUUGUCGCGUAUAUUAAAUUUAACUGUAAAUAUAAAUAAAUACAAUCCGAUGCGUGCGGGAUGUCAGAUUACAUUACCGAAGCAUAUUAUGUUAAAAAAAGCGGUGAUUAACGUGCAAUCAGAAGACAAUGCGUGCUUCGCAUGGUCGGUGGUUGCUGCUUUGCAUCCUACACAAGAUCAUCCUGCUCGGAAAUCAUCGUAUCCGCAUUACAGUGCGAUUCUGAAUUUCGGAGACAUAGAGUUUCCAGUCGCGCUGAAGGAUAUUAGAAAAUUUGAACGACUUAACAAUAAUAUUUCAAUCAAUGUAUAUGGCAUCGAAGAGGAUAGAUUUGUCCCCCUGCGACUCUCCGACGAAAAGAAGGAGAAGCAUGUAAAUUUGUUAUACAUGCAAGAUAACGAAGGCAACGUGGGACACUUCAUGCUGAUAAAAAAUUUAUCCCGACUUAUAAGCUCGCAAUUGAGCAAGAAUAAAUGUAGAAAAUACAUUUGUGAUCGGUAAGUAAUAAUUCAUUUAUAAAAACGUGUUUAUAAUUUUAUUAAAUAGUAAAAAUAAAAUUUCUUUGUUAUUCGCAGGUGCUUGCACUACUUCGAUUCCGAAGAAAAAUUACAAUUGCAUGCUGUAGACUGCCAUCGGAUGAAUGACUGUGCCAUACUAUUGCCGAGUGAACAGAAAAAGUGGUUAAAGUUCCACAACCACAAGAACAAAGAACGGCUUCCCUUCGUCGUGUACGCUGAUUUGGAGUGCAUACUGCAAAAGACGCAACCUGACACGGAGCGAGAGUCGUAUACAUACCAGCAUCACCAGGUAUUCAGCAUUGGAUAUUACGUGCGAUGUUCAUACGACGACGCGUUAUCCGUGUAUCGGUUUCAUCGUGAUCCCGAUUGCAUAUCAUGGUUCGCGAAACAAUUAGAAGAAUUGGCGCAUAACGUUAAGGCUCGUUUAUCCGCUAAUGUUCCCAUGAACACGUUGUCGAAGGAACAGUGGCAGACGUACCGUAGCGCGACGCAUUGUCACAUCUGUGAUAAACCGUUUACGCCAGAUGAUACGCGGGUGCGCGAUCAUUGUCAUAUAACCGGUAGAUAUCGUGGUCCCGCGCAUUCAAAUUGUAAUCUAAAUUAUAAAAAUUCAUUUUAUAUUCCAAUAGUUUUUCACAAUUUAUCCGGUUACGAUUCACAUUUUAUAAUAAAGGAAAUAGCAAGUGCGUUCGAAGGCUGCGUUAAUCUGCUACCAA